AUGUCCGCAAAGGCUCAACUUAAAGCCAUUGGGGACGCCGUCAAGAGGGAGCAGUAUGACGAGGCCAUUGAGCUAUCACGGGCCUUCACACAAAAAGACCCAAAGCACUACAUAGCGCAUGUUUUCCUCGGCUUCUCUUUGGAAAAGAAGAGUCAAUUAGAAGCUGCCGAAAAGGCCUAUCUUGCUGCCACCUCUAUUCAACCAGAGUCUGCCCAGGCAUGGCAGGGUCUAAUAAAACUCUAUGAACAGCAGGACAAGAAGAAGCUCGCUCCCUAUAGGGAUGCUGCCGUCAAGCUGGCUACAAUUUAUAGCCAGACCGACGACCUGCCCAAGUGCCGGCAAGUCAUCACCCAGUACAUCGAGUUUGCCAAUUUGAACGGUGACCGGACACAAUACGUCGAUGCCUUGGAUCUCACCACACCCGAAAGCCCAGUGUAUGACGCGCUAGAAGGGCAUGUUCCCCGUCCGGCUCACACUUAUGAGAAGAUGGCCGCCAUUACUGAGGAGGACGAGCGGAAACGGAUCAACACGCUCAUCGGAGAGCGAAGAACGAGGAUUGGGGCUAGGAUAAACGAUGUCACGAUAGAGGUCAAGAGGGAGGUUAUGUCGCAAAGCAGGCUCACCUACAUCUACCAACAGCUCAUCAACUGGACAACUGACGAUGAAGCCCGCCGAACCUAUGAGGAAAAGCUCAUGCGCCACACAUACGACCGCCUCAUCGUGGCCCCAGCCGGCAAGGAGAAGAGCGAGCUUCGCGACACUGUUAUCAAACUCGCGAACGACAUGGUCAUCAUCAAGCAUCCUUACAAGUUCGCAUGGGACAUUGCCAUUGAUUGGCAGGACAACAAAAAUAUAGCUGAUUGGGAUGUUAAUGUUCUUCGGGAAUACUGCUCGUUCUUCCCAGAGACUGAUGUCUACAAAGUCAUCACGGGAUUCCUCACAAGCUCCAUAUCCCCAUUUCCUCCGCCUCCCAAGGCCCCGACGGCUGUUGAAGGCGGCGAUGCGGGCGACUCUGAGGAAAACAGUAGCGAGGAAGACUCGGAUGGCGGCGCACCUACUUUGGUUGUUCCGGUUACUGACGCCGACAGGCUCCUCAUGAUGACGGACGGAAUGGCAACAGCCAACUCACUCCUGGCUUACAGGCUCAUGGGAGAGUACUAUCAGCACCUCGAAGAGCAUGAAAGCGGAGUCGAGUUGAUGCGAAAAGCGUUGGACUAUGCCUCCAAAGAGCGCACCAAAUCCGGCAUGUCUUUCCAAAACGUCACCGAUGCGUACUCUCUGUACCUCGCCACAGCCUUGGUCUUCUAUCAGUCGCCAAGGCACCACGAGGAAGCCAUGACCCUCUUUGAGAAAGUGAUGGAGCAUGACACCGCAUCGACACCAGCCAUGAUAGGUGUUGGUUUGAUCUUUGAGGAAGAAGAGGAAUAUUCCAAAGCCAUUGAUUUCCUCACAAGAGCCCUAAAGCGCGAUAGUACGAACAUCAGGGUCCGCACCGAAGCGGCCUGGGUCAAGGCGUUAGCGGGCGACUAUGCAACAGGCCGGCAGGAGUUGGAGCAGUAUAUUCUAUGCCGACUAUGCAAAGGACAAAAGAGGGCCAAGCGCUGUUUCCAAAAGGCGGUGGAGCUUUCUUCUUCCGAAGUAGAAGCCGCAGAGAGACUUGCGCGGGCCUUUGCCGACGAGGCGGACUGGGACCGGGUAGAGGUGGUUGCGCGGCGCGUUGUCGAUUCCGGCAAGGUCAGGCCCCCGCCCGGAUCUAAGAGGAAGGGCAUUUCCUGGCCACAUUCGGCCCUCGGCGUCGCUCUGAUGAGCAAGAUGGAGUAUCGUGACGCCAUCGUUUCCUUCCAAGCUGCUCUUCGCAUCUCACCCGAAGACUACCAUUCCUGGGUGGGACUGGGCGAGAGCUAUUACAACUCUGGCCGCUACAUGGCUGCAACCAAGGCCGUGCUACAUGCCCAAUCCCUGGAAGAGAACGCUGCAGCCGAGUUAAUCCAAGAUGCGUGGUUCACCAAGUACUUGCUUGCUAACAUCAAGAGGGAACUCGCGGAAUACGAUGAGGCGGUCAUGCUCUAUAGGGAAGUUCAUGGUGAGCGCCCGACGGAGGAGGGCGUGAUUCUUGCCUUGCUGCAGACUAUGGUCGAGUGCGCGAAAGAUUGCAUUGUCAAGGGCUUCUUUGGCAAGGCUGUACAACUGGCGCUCGAGGUGGUUGAAUUUGCCGUCGAGACUGCUGAGCUGGUUUCCGAGAGAUUCAACUACUGGAAGGCGCUAGGAGACGCAUGCUCGGUUUUCUUUAGCGUUCGGAGUCGGGUUCAGGAGUUCCCAACGGAGGCUCUUACCAAGCUCCUGCGGUGCCGACGCUGCAGCAUCUUCCCCAAGGGAGAGCCCAACGGCGAGGCGCUGUCGCAGUGUCUACACGGCAUGAUACUCUGUUUCAAGAUUGCGAUUCACGUAUCUUCCAACGAUAUUCACGCCCAAGCAGUCGCCUACUACAAUCUCGGGUGGGCGGAAUACCACACCCACAUCUACGCUCCCCCAGCUUCGAAGGGCAAGAACUCAAGCCCAUAUCUACGGGCUGCAGUUAGGGCUUUCAAGAGGGCAAUUGAACUGGAGCAUGGCAACGCGGAGUUUUGGAACUCGCUUGGUGUGGUAACGAGCCAAAUCAACCCCGCCGUUUCCCAACACGCCUUUGUCCGAAGUCUGUAUCUCGAUGAGCGCAGUCCGAUUGCCUGGACCAACCUCGCCACGCUAGCGCUGCUACAAAACGACGUCAAGAUCGCCAACGAAGCCUUUACGAGAGCUCAGUCGAACGAUCCUGAGUACGCGUACGCCUGGCUUGGACAGGGCUUUGUCGCACUCUUGCUUGGAGACCUGGAUGAGGCGCGGGGCCUAUUCACUCAUGCUAUGGAGAUUUCGGACUCGUCCGCCGUCGCGAUACGCCACCAGUACUCGGCGUCGAUAUUUGACCACAUUGUUUCCUCACCCUCCCAAGCUGGAUUGCUUGAUGUACUACAGCCGCUCUAUGCGCUGUCUCAAUCACAGGCACUAGAUCCGAAGGACUUGGCGUAUCGCCAACUGCGUACGUUGUUCCAAGAACGCAUCCAAGACCACCCCAACACCCUUGAGACGUUGGAGGAUAUCUGUCAGCUGCUAGAGGCCGAGUACGAGGAGACGGAAUCGCCACAAUCCCUUGGCCGGUUUGCGUUAGCCAAGGUCGACUUGGCUAGAUCAUAUCUAGCGACAGGUCGAGAAGGAUCAGCGCAAAAGGGGCGCCUUUCGGCCCAUCUGACCAUGGGACUAGCGCAGUACUUUAAAGGUGAUUAUGGCGAGUCUGUAUCUUCCUUUGAGGCAGGCCUGGAGGAGUGCGACGGGGACCCCGAUGCCGUUUGCCUCCUCGCGCAGGUGCUCUGGGCUACCGGAACAGAAGAGUCCCGGGAAAGGGCGAGAGAUGUGCUAUUCGCCGUCAUCGAGGAGAAGCCAGAGCACGUCCAAUCUGUCCUCCUGCUGGGCGUCAUAGCGCUCCUCGACGGGGACGAGGAGAGUAUAGCCGCCGUUGUGUCUGAACUCCACGCUCUACGGGUGAGUGACAAGGUCAAGGAUGAGGACCACUCGCGGAUAGGCAUGGUGUUGAAUUGCCUCGGUAUGGUGGACGAGGAUCGAACGGAGGAAGACGUCCUCACAGAGAUCCAGACAGACAUCAUGCUCUACCCGCACCUGCCUCACGGAUGGACGGCGCUUGCUGAAGUUUCUGGCAGCGAGUUUCCGGCGGACAUGGCUGUCAAGGUCGCGUUAGCGGGAAUACCUCCCAGGGGAGGCCUCGAAGCGACGGACCUAGCCAAGGCUUAUGCAGGGACGGGUAGGGCGGGUGAUGCGCAGGUCGCGAUUUUCGCGGCGCCCUGGGCCAACGAUGGGUGGGAGGCGCUAAGCUACAUUGUCGAGCAGGCGCAGAAGGAUAGCAAGUGA